UACACAGCCAACGAGGCUGCCGUUAUGCCUCCUUUUUUCUAUUUUCUCCCACCAAUUCGCUGCACUGACUGCCACAAUCUUAGAGCGAGAGAGAGGGGGGGCUGGGAUUUACGGAAACUCUUCCUUUCUCCUCUCUUUUCUGCAAAUCUUUCUCUCAAAAAGUUUUGAUUUUUUUAUUGUGGAAAUGUCAUUGGGAAAGGCGCCUGAAACCUCUCCACAGGUGAAUGACGACGACACUCACGAUCUCUUAUUCGCUAAAAGAGGUUGCUGCUCAUGGAUUCCAUGCCUGGGCUCGACCCCAGGCUCCACCAUUGGAUCAUCUUGGUGGGAGCGAAUCAAGAAGGCAGAGAGCGAGGACCGGUGGUGGACCCGAGGGUGGAAGAAGUUUCAAGAGUGGUCUGAGCUCGUGGCCCGUCCGAAAUGGAAGACAUUUGUUCACCGGUUCAAGAAAAACCGCACUGGAUUGGAAGCGACCGAUGGGCAUGGGAAAUUCAACUAUGAUCCUAUGAGUUACGCACUGAACUUCGACGAGGGGAUGGGGCAAAACAACCAUUUGGAUGAGGAUUAUUUGGGCCGCGACUUCUCGUGCCGAUAUGCUUCAAUUCCAGCUUCAGCUAAGUCGUCAAUGGAUUUGGGGAAGGACGCACCAGAGUUCACGUGACACGCCACGAUGGUAGUAGAAGCGGUUUCAACGUGGAUCUUAGCUCCGAUGCUGGGGGAGAAUCACAGGGAGGCAAGAGAAAAGCGCGGUACUUUGAUUUGACUUUUUCUCUUUCUAUAUGGGUCGGAGCCUCGCAAGUGGUCGGUGACACGUGGGGCGCUCUAGAUUUUUCAUAUUAUGAAAUUUUAAUAAAUUCUUCACCCUUUCAUAAAAAGAAAGGGAAUAAAAUGCAUGUGAUUUGUAUAUGGUAGUUUGGAGGAUCAUUAAUUCAGGUUGAAAGUGGGACUUUGACCAUUUAGGAUUGUGAACAAUGAACUAAUAUAUUAAUUUUAUUAACAAAAAAAAGUUCUUCUAAACAACAUUAUUGACGUGCGAUAUCUAAUAUCUAUUACGUCAAUAAUUGUAUACGAAUGUCACAUUUGUAGUACAAUGUGUAACAAA